GCGCCAAGAGGAAACGCCCCGACUGUGAAAAUGCGGGAUUCCGAUUCCGGAGCAUAAACAGUUUCCAGUCUGGCUUUUUGGGGUUGAACAGCCCUCGUCCCUCUCCACGCACCAGAAUCCGAUGAUGCAUUCACUUCUUACUCUUUGUUCGGGUUGAAUUUCCUCAACGUGCGUGCUCUUAGAAGUGAACCUGCAUUACCGGAGGGAGAUCUCGCAUCGAUUGAGGACUUUAACUGGUGUUGAGAGGUUGAAGAUGGAUGGAGAUAAUUCUGGUUCGGAGAGUGACAACUGUGAUUGGAAUACUGAAGAUGAGUUAGAAAUUGAAAAUUUCCAAUCUUCAUCUUCAAAUUUAACUGUUCCCAAUGGAGAGGCUAUUUCUGGGUCUGGGGAAAGCCUAUGAACUUGAUGCACGUACCCACCUCAUUCCCUUUUCAUUACCCUUGAAGGCAAGCUCAUCUCCAGGUUCAUCGAAUUCCAAGAUGUUUGAUCACUUUGUUGGAAUGGGAUUUUCUGAAAAGUUGGUUUCAAAAGCAAUUCAGGAAAAUGGGGAAGAAAAUGCAGAUUUACUUCUUGAAACACUUCUCACAUUGUCGGCUCUGGAUAGUUCUCCUCAAAAUGACAAGGAAAUUGAAUCAGACUUUUGCUCUUCAGAUGUUGAAGGGAGCUCCCUUGAUGAUUGCUCAGAUAUGGAUAGUUUCUCUGAUGAUACGGAAAUUACAAAACCUGUAUCUCAGAACAAUGGUACAUUGAAGACCUUAGUGAAGAUGGGCUACAAUGUUCAGGAGGCUUCAGUUGCCAUGGAAAGAUGUGGUGUGGGUGCGCCACUUGCGGAACUGACGGAUUUUAUAUGCGCUGCUCAAAUGGCUAAGACUGCAGAUGCCCUUAUGGCUCCUGAAGAGAAGCCACGAUGCGGUGACCAUACUAAUAAAAAGAAGCGUAGUUAUUAUGAAUGUGAGGUUCUGGGAAGAAAAAAGCCAAGGGAUAUUGAAAAGAAAACUUCUAAUGAAGAUGAUGAGAUGUUGCAUCUUCCAAACCCAAUGGUAGGUUUUGGAGUUCCUACGGACGAGUCAUUCUUUAUAACACACAGAACACUUCCUGAGGCUGCCAUUGGGCCUCCUUACUUUUACUAUGAGAAUGUUGCACUUGCACCUAAAGGUGUUUGGCAAACAAUAUCUAGAUUCUUGUACGACAUUGAACCUGAGUUUGUGGAUUCAAAGUAUUUCUGUGCAGCUGCCAGGAAAAGGGGCUAUGUUCACAAUCUCCCCAUCCAAAACAGAUUUCCUCUUCUUCCCCUUCCAGCACGCACAAUUCAUGAGGCAUUCCCCCUAACAAAGAAAUGGUGGCCCUCUUGGGACCACAGAACCAAACUUAAUUGUUUGCAGACAGCUAUUGGCAGCGCGAAACUAACAGAGAGGAUUAGGAAAGCUCUAGAGAGCUAUGAAGGGGAUCCACCCCUGCAUGUCCAAAAGUAUGUUCUUGAUGAAUGUCGGAAAUGGAAUCUAGUUUGGGUGGGAAGGAACAAGGUCGCCCCACUGGAGCCUGAUGAGGUUGAAAUGUUGUUGGGUUUCCCUAGGAAUCACACUAGAGGAGGCGGAAGUAGUAGAACUGAGAGGUAUAAAUCACUCGGCAAUUCAUUCCAGGUUGACACUGUGGCGUACCACCUGUCAGUUCUUAAGGACAUGUACCCUAAUGGCAUCAAUCUUCUCUCUCUGUUUUCUGGAAUUGGUGGCGCAGAAGUAGCUCUUUAUCGGCUUGGCAUUCCUCUCAAGAAUGUUGUUUCAGUUGAGAAAUCAGAGGUAAAUAGGAACAUAGUCAGAAGCUGGUGGGAUCAAACCAACCAGAAAGGAAAUUUAUAUGACUUGGACGAUGUACAGCUGCUAGAUGGUGCUCGGUUAGAGUACUAUAUGGAACUUUUUGGGGGUUUUGAUCUUAUUGUUGGUGGCAGUCCGUGUAAUAAUUUAGCUGGUAGCAAUAGGGUUAGCCGAGAUGGUCUUGAGGGCAAAGAAUCAUCUCUCUUCUUUGAUUACUGUCGUAUCCUAGACUUGGUCAAAAAUUUAAUGGCGAAAGGUCGAUGACUUUUUGUCAAAAGAUCGCCUCUGUUUCUCUAUGCAUGUAAUUGGACUAAUUUGGAUCGUCCUAUUUAAACUGGAAACUUCUGCCUGAUGCAUCUUCUC